AUGGAGUACCAGGUCUCAUGGGGCGAGGGCUCCUUGGGGCUGACGCUGCGUCCGGACCUCGGCGAGGACAUGCCGCCGGUCGUCGGCCGCAUCACGCGCGAAGACUCGGCGGCGGCCAAGGCCGGCGUCGCCGUCGGCCACAUGCUCGUGAGCAUCAACGGCAUGGAUACCGCGCGGCGCGGGUACGACGCGACGGUCGAGAUGCUCAAGACGAUCCACCGGCCGGCGAUUCUGCGCUUCCGGAUACCCAAGUCGCUU